UUACAAAUGAUAAACCAUGAUAAUAACAAGAAACUUAAAGCUUAGCAUUUGUCUGUUCUUAAAGGGAUAUUUUUUAGUCUGGAAGUAAGAGAUUCCAACCCAAAUAAAAACAGCAGUGAUUUCUAAAUUUCAGUCAAAGGUAUGCAUAUAAAUCCUCAUCAUCUCUGUGAUCAUCUAUUAAACUUUAUUUUCAUAUAGUCUCUACUCUCUUGCACAAGGGAUGAGUGCGUUGUUCAUCUUUUUUCUUUUUCUCCUUCCAGCUUUUCUUCUUCUAACUAGGAGAAGAUCAUCAAAAAGGCUCCCUCCAGGUUCACUAGGCAUACCCAUUAUAGGCCAAAGCCUUGGCCUUCUUGGAGCCAUGAGAUCAAACACUGCAGAAAAAAGGCUUGAACAAAGGAUAAGAAAGUACGGUCCCAUAUCAAAGUUAAGCCUCUUCGGCAAACCAACAGUGUUCAUUUAUGGCCAGGCUGCAAACAAGUUUGUCUUCACCAGUGACAGUAGCACAAUUGCAUAUCAGCAAACUAAGUCUAUUCGCAUGAUCUUAGGUGAUCGGAACUUGUUUGAACUGAGUAGCGAAGAUCACAAGAGAGUUCGAGAUGCCCUUGUGUCGUUCUUGAAACCAGAAUCUCUCAAGAAGUAUGUGGGCAAGAUGGAUGAAGAAAUCAAGAUGCACCUUGAGUUACACUGGCAUGGAAAAGAACAAGUCACGGUAUUGCCCCUGAUGAAGACACUAACAUUCAACAUAAUAUGUUCUCUUUUAUUUGGAGUUGAGCGAGGAGCUUGCAGAGAUCAAUUUGUUACUAACUUUGAAGAAAUGAUAGAAGGAAUGUGGGCAGUCCCAGUUAACUUGCCUUUCACUCGCUACAACCGAAGCCUGAGAGCGAGUCAAAGGGUCCAAAACAUGGUGAAAGAUCUUAUACAUGAGAAGAGGAUGGCACUAGAGCAAAAGAUGGCUUCUCCUCAUGAUGAUCUUAUUACUUGCUUGCUCAGCAUCCGUGAUCAGGACAAUUUACAAUUAAUUACUGAUAAGGAGAUUAUCCACAAUGUGAUGCUUAUUAUGGUUGCUGGGCAUGACACUUCAUCUGUUUUAAUCACAUUCAUUAUGCGCCAUUUAAUUAAUGAUCCAGCUGUUUAUGCAACUGUACUUGAAGAACAAGAAGAGGUAGCAAAGGGCAAGUUAGCAGGAGAAUUACUCACAUGGGAAGAUCUUGCCAAGAUGAAAUACACAUGGAGAGUAGCAUUGGAAACCUUACGGACAGUUCCUCCCGUCUUUGGUGGCUUUAGGAAGGCUUUGAGAGACAUCGAAUAUGGCGGUUACCUUAUACCUGACGGAUGGCAGAUAUUCUGGGCUACAAACAUAACUCAUAUGGAUGAUAGCAUAUUCCCAGAGCCUGCAAAGUUUGAUCCUAACAGAUUUGAGAACCAAGCCUCAAUUCCUCCCUACUGCUUCAUUCCGUUUGGAGGGGGACCUCGCAUAUGUCCAGGAUAUGAGUUUGCCAGGAUUGAAACACUUGUUGCGGUCCAUCAUCUGAUCACCCAAUUUACAUGGAAGUUACAAUGUUCAGAUAGUUCUUUCAUUAGAGAUCCCCUGCCUGUCCCAACUAAAGGACUGCCCAUCCAGAUUAUGCCAAAGAAGCUCAUAUGAGUAUUUCAAGUGGAUCUUAAAGGACUUCAGCAGUGUUGUUGCUUCUGGUCACAGCAGAAUCUGGUACAUGUUUCAUUUGAUUCAGAUAAAUGAUCAAAUAUCAGUUUUGAAGUCAA